CGAUCAAAUAAGCCUCACGUAGAAAGUAAGCCAUUCAUUUUUUGUUAACCAAAUUCGACACUCAUUGAUCUCCAUACAACAACUCCUCCCUUGGAUCAGCGGGAAGAACGCCACCUGCUGGAGAAGACAGAUUUUGGUGCCAGUUAUUCCUCUCGCUUCGCUUCUUCCUCUCUGCUGCAGAACGUCAAACGGGGAAAGAUGCCUUUACCCGUGCAAGUAUUCAACUUUCAGGGGGUUGUUGAGCCCAUGCAGAUAGAUGCUGACCCACAGGAGGACCAGCAGAAUGCACCAGAUGUCAACUAUGUGGUGGAAAACCCAACGCUGGACCUGGAGCAGUAUGCGUCCAGCUACAGUGGUCUGAUGCGUAUUGAGAGGCUGCAGUUCAUAGCAGAGCACUGUCCCCAGCUCCGCGCAGAGGCCCUGAAAAUGGCCCUGUCUUUCGUCCACAGGACCUUCAACGUAGACGUGUAUGAGGAAAUCCACCGCAAACUCACAGAGGCCACCAGAGAGGUCCAGGGGGCUCCAGAUGCUGUGGUGGAGGGCGGGGCAGUGGACCCCCCUCCUCUGGACACAGCAUGGGCCGAGUCGACCAGGAAAAAGGCCCUGCUCAAACUGGAGAAAUUGGACACUGACCUGAAGAACUACAAAGGCAACUCCAUCAAAGAGAGCAUCAGGAGGGGUCAUGAUGACCUUGGGGACCACUACUUGGACUGCGGUGACCUCAGCAACGCCCUUAAGUGCUACUCCCGAGCCCGAGACUACUGCACUAGCGCCAAGCAUGUCAUAAACAUGUGUCUUAAUGUCAUCAAGGUUAGCGUCUACCUCCAGAACUGGUCCCACGUCCUUAGUUAUGUGAGCAAAGCUGAAUCCACUCCAGAGAUAGCAGAGCAAAGAGGGGAGAGAGAUUGCCAGAGUCAGUCAGUCCUCACCAAAUUAAAAUGUGCUGCAGGGCUAGCUGAGCUGGCCUCCAGAAAGUACAAACAAGCAGCCAAGUGCUUCCUGCUGGCCUCCUUCGACCACUGUGACUUCGCUGAGCUCCUGUCCCCCAGUAAUGUAGCUGUGUACGGAGGGAUGUGUGCCCUCGCCACCUUCGACAGACAGGAGCUACAGAAGAAUAUAAUCUCAAGCAGCUCGUUUAAGUUAUUCUUAGAGUUGGAACCUCAGGUCCGUGACAUCAUCUUUAAGUUCUAUGAGUCAAAGUACGCUUCCUGUCUCAAAAUGCUGGACGAGAUCAAGGAUAACCUGCUGUUAGACAUGUACCUGGCCCCCCACGUACGGACCCUCUACACACUGAUCAGGAACAGAGCCCUUAUACAGUACUUCAGCCCGUACGUGUCUGCAGACAUGACUAAGAUGGCCCAGGCCUUCAACACCACAGUGUUAGCUCUGGAGGACGAACUCACCCAGCUCAUACUGGAGGGACUUAUCAACGCACGCAUAGACUCCCACAGCAAGAUCCUGUAUGCGCGGGACGUGGACCAGCGGAGCCACACGUUUGAGAAGUCUAUCCACAUGGGCAAGGAGUUCCAGAGGCGAGCCAAAGCCAUGAUCCUACGAGCUGCCGUGCUGCGCAACCAGAUACAUGUCAAGUCUCCUCCCAGGGAGGGCAGCCAAGGUGAACUCAACUCUGCCAACAGCCAAUCACGAAUGAGCACCAACAUGUGAACAUUUCCAUGAGACCUCUCUUACAGGAAGUUACCAUGUCGGGGGGGGGUUCCGCCAGGGGGACCUAGCACCCCUCCAAUCUGAGGAUCCCCCUCCUCCUUCUGACUCAGUGCUGCAUCUUGCCUGCUGAAAGAAAAAUACAGAGACGUCAACUUCAAUAGACUGUGUCUCAAAUUGCACCCCUAUUCACUAUAUAGUGCACCAUGUUUGACCAGGGCCUAUAGAGCUCUGGUCAACCGUAGUGCCGUUUUGGAUGCAGCCUAGGACUCUGUUCAUGUGGGAAGUGAACAGUGGUAGUCUGUGUAAACUGAAGACACUUGAUGAGCAACCUGAGUGUGUUAAUGUUGUAGUGGAAAGGCUGUGAGUGUGUAGAGUUGAGUGGCACUCAGUCGCUUCACAGUACUGUCCUCUUUUUCCUUUGUAUAAGAUGUACUUUUCUCUUUCAUUCUUUCUUUCUCAUGAUGAUUGACUUUGAAUGCAUCCACUGAGAAAUAAACAGAACAUACACUUCAGAACCAAUGUCCACAAGAUCUGAUUUUAAAAUAAAUGUGUAUGAUAAUCAGAAGCGUGGUCAGGACAUUUUGUCUUCUCACAAUAUACCUUUGUUUACCAAUUGCGCAAUAAACCGAUUUCACACA